AUGGAGACUGAGGAGCCAACAGGCGAGGCAACAGCGGAGCCGGACGAACCCCCUAACGCCACCACGUCAAGUAUUGGGGACUCCGCAGGUUCGACGUCUUCCGGCACCCAUGCUGCUUCUGCCACUAUCGCCAAUGUAUGCUGCACCGGUCCUAGUCAGAGGGUGGCGCUGCGUCUCAUGGCGUUUUCGGACUUUGUAAUACCCGUUGGACCUUUUCUAGACAUCGACGUCACCGUGCCGUUCCUUGUGGUGUUACCGCCGCAGGGUGAGAGUCUUGCGCGGGAGGCGGGACAAGGCGUGGCAGGUGCGGCGGUGCUAGACGCCGCGGAGCCGGCUUCCUCCUUUGGGGUGCCUCCAGAGCGGUUUCUCACGUGGCACGAGAUGCGGCGGACCCUCGCGCUCUGCGGGGUGAAGCGCCACCACUGCCAGGACGCGCUGCGAAAGCUCUGGGCGUACCUACUCCUCCUGUGCUACGGCGCGGCGGCGGGGCGUGGCGCGUGUGGGAGGUGGCAGGCCCCCCCGCUGCCCGACCCGGGCGCCGGUGCAAACGGCGGCGUCGUGGGCGACUUUGCAGCGCUGGUGCGGUACGACGCGUUGCAUGGCGUCCUGCGCUCCCUCCGUCGCCGCGGUGGCGGCGUUGACCGGAGGCACACGGUCGACUUUGCGGAGUUCGCCUCCGCUGCCGCCGCCUCCGCCUCGCGUGAGACGCUGGCGGGCACGGCGCAGGCAGCCGCACCCGCCGCCGGAAGGUACACGCUCGUGGUUGCCAAGCACACCUUCGACCGCUGCAUCGCCGGGCUGCUCAGCCGCGAGCUGCGCGGGCAGCGCCUCACCGUGACGCCGCUGCCGCGCUGGACUGUGGCGCAGGCCAUUGUGCAGGACCGCAGGCCACUCGUGGUGUUCUGCGGGGGGACCAGCGGCUGCGGCAAGAGCACGCUUUCCAGCCUUAUUACCACGAACGUCUGCUUCCACACGCUCCUCUCCACCGACACGGUUCGUCAGUCCCUUCGCCGCACGCUACGCCGUGAGGAGUACCCGGAGUUGUUUGUCUCCACCUACGAGGCCCACCGAGCCAAGGAAGGCGGCGGUGGCCCUGCGGCAGCAGCUACGGGCGCGGGCACGUCGGAAACGGAAACGGUGGACCCGCACCCUGUUAUUGCGGCCUAUGAAAAGCAGUGCGAGGUGGUGUUGCGGGCCCUUGACGCCGUGCUCGAGAAAUUUAUCCGCCGCGGCCAGGCGGUGGUGGUGGAGGGCGUCCACCUGCUGGCGGCGUACAUGCACCGCAAGUCGGCGGAGUUGCGGGCGCGUGGGGUGUUGUGUGUGCCGUUCCUCGUCUGCAUUGCGAAGGAGCAGCGGCACGUGGAGCGGUUUUGCACCCGCGCCAAGUGCAUGGCGCUUUCCCCGGAGCGAAACAAGUACGUCUCGCAGUUUCGCCACAUCCGCCUCAUUCAGCAGCACCUGCUUGACCAGGCGCACGCGCUGCAGAUACGCGUGAUAAACAACACCAACCUGGACCGCUCGCUUAUGGAGGUUCACACGCACCUGCUGGACUGCAUCGACCACGGCGUGGCCACCGCGUGGGACAGAAAGAGGACGGUCGCCGUGGGCGGCAGCGACGCUGCGGGGGCUGCCGACGCGUGUGCGGGGGCAGCACCAGCGGAGGCGGCGGCGGCGGCGGCGGAGCCUUGCGGGGGCGGCGACCGCCGCCACUACCCCUUUGCGGACCCGAGCAUCAGUGGAAAGCGCAUGCUUGCCCUGCUGCUCAAGUGGCGCAGCGAGAAGCAGAAACGCCGGGCAAACGAUGCCGCCGCCAGUGGUGGGUUUCCCCUUGCAACGUCGAUACUCGCGUCCACCAAAAGGGCCCAAUCCGCGGAGCUGCUCACCCCCUUUCGCCUGCGGUUGCUCUGCAACUACUCGUGUUUGGGCGACGCACGCGGCGGCUCGCCUACGCGGGCCUGCGGAGGUGACGUGACAAGUCCUGGCGCGUGUGGCCCGGCGACUGGUGCGGGGGCCGCCCGGCGCCCGCGUCACGGCAGCCCGCCCAUGCCGCUAAGACUGCCUUUUCCGCUGCCGCAGCGCGGCUUCUUCCUGCGGCGGCCAGAGCAGGGCACCGCCGCCCAUGCGGAGCCGCGCCGAGGCCUCCCGUUACGGACACUCGCCGCGGCCGAGGAGUCCCCCUCCUUCGCCGCGGCUGGCCAGCGAAGGAAGGCGUUUCGUUCCGCCAGCGCGGAUGCUGCCGGGGAGGCCGUUGACGACGUCCGCGCACGGCCGCGGGGCAACAAACAGCGUGGUUCCCUGCCGCGGUGGUGGAACACGCCCGCUGGGAACGAGGCGGCGGCGGAAGAGGAGGAGGAGGAGGAACGGGGGGAGGGCAGCUGCUGUGAGCUCCCGUCUCUGAUGGGAAGCUGA